ACCGACCCAGUGGGUCUCCAUCGGGAACAUGGCUGCGUCCAGUCUAGUGGGUAUUUGUAGAAGAGCCUCAGCGUUCCUGAAGGCAGCCUGUUCCCUAGUAAAUCCCAAGGACGCUACUCAAUCGGGUUGCAGGUCUUCUCUUAGUUUGCUGAAUAAGAACACACCACAUGUCACAUCUUUUCUCCAGUGUAAAUUACUUCAUACCACAUUGUCAAGGAAAGGACUAGAAGAAUUUUUUGAUGACCCAAAGAAUUGGGGGGAAGAAAAAGUCAAAUCUGGAGCUUCGUGGACCUGCCAGCAGCUAAGGAACAAAAGUAACGAAGACUUACAUAAGCUUUGGUAUGUCCUUCUGAAGGAAAGAAACAUGCUUCUAACUCUGGAGCAGGAGGCCAAGCGACAGAGGUUGCCAAUGCCAAGUCCAGAGCGCUUAGAAAAGGUCGUCGAUUCCAUGGAUAACUUAGAUAAAGUUGUCCAGGAGAGGGAAGAUGCUCUAAGGCUUCUUCAGACUGGUCAAGAAAAGCCCAGACCUGGUGCCUGGAGAAGGGACAUCUUUGGACGAAUCAUCUGGCACAAAUUCAAGCAGUGGCCUAUACCUUGGUACCUAAAUAAAAGAUACAACAGGAAGCGGUUCUUCGCAAUGCCUUACGUGGAUCGCUUUAUCAGACUAAGAAUUGAGAAACACACCCGCACUGAAGCAAGAAAGAGAAGUUUACAGAAAAAGAAAGAAAAAAUUCUCCAGGCAAAGUUCCCACAUCUCUCUCAAGAACGGAAAUCAAGUACUGUCUAAGACGAGAUCCAGAAGUCCAGAUCCAUUGUUCUUAAAGCCUGUGUCCUGAUGUGAAUAUCUGUUAAGCAGUUUAUAAAGAAAUGUUCUUGUCAAGGU